AUGAAACGAGUAACUUCUCUAAGAGAUCUCCGGGAGAAAAUGACUCCAUUAUUGCCAGACAGUGUCAAAGAAAAAACCAACAAAGAAGCCAACGAUUCAAAUUACUUGCGUCAAUUAAUAAAAGUGAAUUACAGCCUUGCAAUUUACAAUAUUUUAGCACUAUUGUUCGGCUUUUCUUUGCUCCUAGUACUAAGCUGGCUAUUUAUCGUCAAUUACCCGAAAAUUAUAAUUAUCAGUGAAGUUCCUCGGGAAGAAAUUAUAAGUAUAAGCAGCAGUGUGUCAAUUUUUGAAACGUUUAAACUACCGGCAAUUGACUCCAAUGAAGGGUUCGAUUUUGAAAAACCUAUCGCGACUAGCGAAGAGUGCAGCAAUAUACAUAAUGAUAGUUUUGUUGGGGAUUUGACAAAAGUUGCUGACUCGUUCUAUAAAAAUGAUCUGCAGACGAUUAGAAUGGAGGCUCAUGGGAUAGAUGAAAAUAUUUUACAAGUUAAAAUUUUUGAUAAAAGUAAAUCCCGACAUGAACCUCACUGGCCAAUAAGGGACAUUAAGUACCAAAAGACAAACAACAAGCUCUACAAAUUUGAAAUUGACGAAUUCAAAGCAAAACCUGGUUUUAAGAUUAGAGCCGUUCGAGAUACUAACGAUAUUGUUGUAUUCGAUUCUUUGAAUGCUGGAGGGUUUAUUUUCGCCGACCAAAUGCUGCAAAUAAGCACAUUAUUGCCUUCCCACAACAUCUACGGUCUCGGUGAACAUAGAACGCAUUUGAAACUGAACACAACUUGGCAAAGAUUCACAAUUUUCAAUCGAGACCAACCUCCUACAGAAAACGCUAAUUUGUAUGGCUCGCAUCCUUUUUACAUGGUGAUGGAAGAAACUGGUGAUUGCCAUGGUGUUUUGUUCCUCAACAGCAACGCUAUGGAUGUUAUACUACAGCCAACACCAGCGCUAACAUUCAGGACAAUUGGUGGAAUUUUUGAAAUGUAUUUCUUCAUGGGACCAACUCCCAAAGAUGUUCUUAUGCAGUAUUCGCAAAUUGUUGGGAAGCCUUUCAUGCCUCCUUAUUGGUCAUUGGGAUUCCAUUUAUGCCGAUUUGGUUACGGAUCAUCAGAAAAAACCAGAGAAGUUUGGAACAGAACUAGAGCAGCAAGAAUUCCCUUCGACACCCAAUGGAAUGAUUUAGAUUACAUGGAUAACAAUAAUGACUUCACUUAUAACAAAGAUCGUUUCAAAAGUCUUCCUGAAUUCGUCAACGAAAUUCAUGAGGCUGGAAUGCAUUACAUUCCCCUAAUAGAUCCAGGAAUAUCAGCAUCUGAAACAAACGGCUCAUACCCGCCUUAUGACGAAGGAAUACACCAUGACAUUUUCAUAAAAGAUCCUGAAACAAACGAGCCAUUCAAGGGAAAAGUGUGGAACCGCGUGUCAACAGUAUGGCCGGAUUUCACUCAUCCCAAUGCUGGAGACUACUGGUACUCUAUGAUGAAAAGUAUGCAUGAAAAAUUUGAGUACGAUGGCGCCUGGAUUGAUAUGAACGAACCAUCAAACUUCUACAAUGGUCGCAUAAAUGGCUGCCCAAUAAACAAUUCAUUGAAUUACCCUCCGUACUUACCAAAUGUAGUAGGAAAUUCCUUGGCUUCAAAAACAGUUUGCAUGGACGCAAAACAUCACUUAGGGCCGCAUUAUGAUGUUCAUAAUUACUAUGGAACAGCUGAAGCUGCUGUUACUUAUGAUUCUUUGGUCAAAAUUCGUAAUAAGAGGCCUUUUAUCGUAUCACGGGCAUCUUGGGAAGGACAUGGUGUCUAUGCUGCUCAUUGGACUGGGGAUAUUUAUUCUAGUUGGUAUGAUCUGAAAAUGAGCAUCCCAGAAAUUCUGCAGUACAGUCUGUUCCAAAUUCCUAUGGUUGGAGCAGACAUUUGUGGAUUCGAUGGUAAUACCACGGCAGCGUUGUGUAACAGAUGGAUGCAAUUAGGUGCAUUCUACCCAUUUUCACGAAAUCAUAACUCAGAUGAUACUAUUGAACAAGAUCCAGUAGCGAUGGGAGAUUUGGUUACAUCAUCAUCUCGAAAAGCUUUGAAUAUACGCUACCGAUUUUUGCCAUACCUCUACACUCUUUUUGCUCGUGCUCAUAUGUACGGCGAAACUGUUGCUCGUCCAUUGUUUGUCGAGUUUCCUAAAGACAAUGUGACUUGGAAUAUUGAUGCACAAUUUCUUUGGGGAUCUUCUUUAAUGAUUGUACCGGUUCUCGAAGAGGGUAAAACAGAUGUAAACGCAUAUCUUCCUACAGGAAUUUGGUAUGACUACUACGAUAAAAUAAGUGUUACAAACGGAGAUAUUUUAACAUAUGUUGCUCCGCUUGAAUUGAUACCUAUUUUCAUCCGUGGUGGGUCUAUUUUACCAGCCCAAAAGCCGGGAAAAACGACCACCGAAAGCCGUAACAAUCAUUUUGAACUAUUAGUCGCUCUUGAUGAACAUGGACGUGCUAAGGGCGAAUUGUUUUGGGAUGAUGGCGACUCUAUUGGCACUAUUGAAAAAAAGGAAUACGUUUUCUUGACUUUUGAGGCGAAUAACAUGACAAUAGUCUCUUCUCCGGCUGAAAAUAAAAUAAAGGAAAAAAUGAGAUUAGGAAAAGUUGAAAUUAUGGGUGUAGUGGGCGUUGUUCAAAAAGUUAUAGUUAAUAACAGGAUCGAGGAGUUUGAACACAACUUUGAGUUACAAUACUUGAAAAUUAAACCAACGACAAUUGACUUACAAGAAGGUUGGUCAAUCUCGUGGUCAAUAGGUAUGUGCAUUCACAAUUUUAUCGUGAUCAAACAUUUUUAA